AUGGGCACUCAUAGGCUGCACUGAUGAGCAGUGGCAGGCUCCACUGAUGGGCACUGAUUGGCACUGAUGAGGCUGCACUGAUCCAUGGGCGGGCUGACAACUCAUGGGGCCCCCGGGCAAUACGGGAUCAUGGGGCCCCUGUUUCCUUGCCCAAACUCAAAAAAGCCUAUGAAAAAGGUACCAGGGGCAUCUCAUGGGGCCCCCUACUGACCCCGGGCCCUCGGGCAGUGCCCGAGUUUCCAAAUGGUCAGUCAGCCCCUG